GAAGUUAUUGGCACUAAACUGAUGACUUCACACACUAAUACAUUUCUGCCCCUUGCACAAGCGCUCUAUAAAAUCCUGUCUGACUGUGGCAUUUAUCCUGCCCUGUUCUCAGUUAUAGCAAUGAAGACUAUUGUGUUUGCUUUACUGGUGGUGGCUGUGGCUGCCAGUACAGAUGAUGGAAAAAUCAUUGGCGGUUUUGAAUGUGCACCUCACUCCCAGCCCUGGCAGGCGUAUCUCACCUAUGAUGGUAUACGCUUGCCUUGUUCAGCAUCUUUGAUUAAUGAAUACUGGCUCGUGUCAGCUGCUCAGUGUUACGUUACAGCUUCUCGUCUUGUUGUGCACCUGGGAGAGCACAACAUCUUGAGUGAUGAAGGCACAGAGCAGCAAAGCUUCGUAGAUCUGGCACUUCAACACCCAAAUUAUAAUAAUGUGUAUUAUAAUAAUGACAUCAUGCUGAUCAAGCUGAGAACGCCUGCUGUAUUCAAUAACUAUGUUAAGCCAAUCCCUCUGGCGACCAGCUGCUCUUAUACAGGAGAGAAAUGCUUGGUUUCUGGAUGGGGCGAUGAUGGAGAGAACUAUAAAUCUGUGCUGCAGUGUUUGAAUUUGCCUGUAAUCUCAUGGGAAGAGUGUGAAGCUUUUUAUAGGCCUUCACUUACAACUAAUAUGUUCUGUGCUGGAGACUUAAAAGAAGGCAAAGCAUGUCAGGGCGAUCCUGGUGGACCUUUUGUAUGCAAUGGGAAACUUCAAGGAGUUGUUUCCUGGGCCUAUAAUUGUGGUUCACCAAGUAAUCCUGGGGUUUAUGUUGAGGUGUGCCAUUACAUUGACUGGAUCAACGACAUAAUGGAAUUGAACUAACUGUUUGUUUGGCCUGGCUCGUCUUUUUAUUUCAUUGUUGAUUUUCGUUUUUUUCUGAAAUAUCUAUAAUUAAACUAUACUGGAACAGA